GUGAAAACACGACCUACAAAAGUUUGGGUUUCCUUUGGAAGGUAGCUAGCUGCCUAGCUGCAUUUAAUGGUUGUUGGUAGCUUUUACGUGUCAACAGAGUGGAUCAGUUAAAUCUACAUUCCUCAGAGUCAGCUAGCUAAUUAAAACUAGAAGACAGAUCAUGCCUGCUUCCCUCCGGAAGGAAUCUAAUGGAAAGUUCGCAUUUUUUCGACUAUGGAACUAUUCAACUGUAACUAUUAAAGUCGAAGGUUCUACCCAGAAAGCCCCGUUCCUCUCUCUCUCUCUCUCUGUUCAAUAUGAGAAAAUGGGGAGCUAAAUUUUCUUGUAAUUUAAUGUUUAUUAUUGUAAAUGUAUUUCUGUGCUUAAAUCUGAUAUGUGCAAAAGGGUUUGAGCCUCUGAUCCAGCUUCCUCGGUUUCGGAGUAGAAACCGACUCAGGUUCAGAAGGGUUGUUUCGGUGAAGGACUUCGGAGCUAAAGGAGACGGUUUGACUGAUGAUAGUCAGGCUUUCACGGAUGCCUGGACGUUUGCUUGUUCUUUACCAUAUCGACCAAGACUUGAAGUUCCAGCUGGAAGAACUUAUUUGGUUGGGCCAACCGAUUUUUCUGGGCCUUGUCGAUCAAGUCUGACAUUGAGGGUCUCUGGUAAUAUAACUGCUCCCAAAAAUCCUGCUUCCUGGAAAGGUUUUAGUCGAAGAAGAUGGCUCUAUUUCUAUAGGUUGAACCGCUUCACUGUAGAAGGAGGAGGGACAAUUAAUGGGAUGGGAAAGGAAUGGUGGGCUAGGUCUUGCAAGAUCAAUGCAACAUAUCCAUGUCGACAUGCUCCAACGGCAAUUACUUUUCGUAGGUGCAAGAAUUUGAAAGUUCAACACCUCAUCAUAGUGAACAGUCAACAAAUGCACAUGGCUUUCUCAAAGAGUCAUUGGGUCAUGGCGUCUUAUCUCCAAGUGAUUGCCCCUAGGGAAAGCCCCAAUACUGAUGGAAUCCACAUAAGUGCAUCCACCCAUGUUGUGAUCAAAUAUAGUGUGAUCAAAACAGGAGAUGACUGUGUCUCCAUAGUCAGUAAUUCUUCCAUGAUUCAAGUCAGAAACAUUUAUUGUGGACCUGGCCAUGGCAUAAGUAUAGGAAGUUUGGGGAAAUCAAAUUCAUUGGAUAGCGUGAGCCAUGUCUUGGUUGAUGGAGCCAUCAUAUCAAAUACUGAAAAUGGGUUGAGGAUCAAGACGUGGCAGGGAGGUCAUGGUUUUGCCAAAGAUAUCACUUUCCAGAGUGUACAAAUGGAAAAUGUUUCAAACCCAAUAAUAAUUGAUCAAUAUUAUUGUGAUUCACCACUGCCAUGUCCAAACCAGACUUCGGCGGUUCAGGUGGUUAAUGUUUCUUAUGUGGGCAUCAAAGGAACCUCAGCAACCGGGGAAGCAAUAAGAUUUGCUUGCAGUGACACUUUCCCAUGUAAAAAAAUAUAUUUAGAAAAUAUACAUCUAAGAUCCUACUUGGGGGAGCUUACAAGAACCUUUUGCUGGAAAGCUAGGGGCUCCAGCUAUGGUUCAGUAUGCCCUCCUCCUUGUUCCUCAUGGAAUAGAAACUUCAUUGAGCAGCUAGUUUAUUCUAGCACUACCAAUCAUCUUCAAGUGGAAGAAGAACCUUUGCCAAUCUAAUAUACAAGAUGUGCCAGGUUUGGCAUCUGAUAGUAGCAUCUUGCAACAGAUUUAGUGUGCUUCAGUUGAUGUUAUUUACCUUCAAUACAAAGAACAAAAUAGUUCAUCACAAAUGGCUACUGGCGAAUGUUAAAUUCAUUAUGAUUACUUCUGUAUACAUUUUUUUUGUCAUUUUAUUAAUAUUUCAUAUAUUAUUGUCU